AUGGCCCGAACGAACCGAGCAGCUUGGCUCCCGGGGCCGCACGAGAACCUCGAGAUCCGACCGUCCGAACUCGUCAAGCCAGGCAGAGAUCAGGUCCUGGUCAAGAACAGAGCCGUCUCCAUCAACCCCAUCGACUGGAAGAUCCAGGACGGAUACAUGCCGACGGACAAGCCCAGAAUCCUCGGCCAAGACGUCGCAGGCGAGGUAGUUGAGGUGGGCACCGGCGUCACCGGCUUCUCCGUCGGCCAGCGGGUGCUCGCCCAUGUCGUCGGGCUGGCGACUGGGAUCCCCCAGCAGAGCGCGUUCCAGGGGUACUCUGUCGCGACGGUCCUGGGCACGUGUCCCAUUCCCGACGACGUGAGCUUCGAGCAGGCCGCGGUCCUCCCGCUGGCCGUCUCGACGGCCGCACACGGCCUGUUCUCCCCCAAGCACCUUGGCCUACCCCUCCCGAGGCCGCACGACGUGGCCCAACAAGAAGACACCGGCACGACAAAGAGGACGGGGACGCUGCUGGUCUGGGGCGCGGCGUCCUCGGUCGGCUGUGUCGCCGUGCAGCUCGCCGUGGCCGCGGGCGUCAAGGUGGUCGCGACGGCCUCGAAGCGGAAUUUCGACUUUUGCAAACACAUCGGCGCCGAGCACGUCUUCGACUACAACUCCCCGAGUGUCGUAGGGGACUUGACGGACGCUCUCGAAGAGAAGAAUGUGAUUGGUGCCUAUGACGCUCUGGUUCUGGCCCAGCUGGGAGGAGGCCCGCUCGCCGUCACAUUGAGCCCAGCCGACGAGAUCCCCGCGACCGUGAAUGCGAAUCCCGGUAUGUCUGUAACCGGUUUUUUCUCUUUCACCAUAACAACCGACUUGAUUUUUUUCCCCCCUUCUUUCUUUUUCUUCUACGCCGUGAACAUCAUUGUGAGCGACAAAGACAAGGCCAUAGGCCACGCCAUCUGGCAUGAAUUCUUGCCGGAUGCUCUCAAGUCCGGUCAGAUUAAGCCUUUGCCAAACCCGUUCGUCUUCGGACACGGCCUGGAGAGCCUUCAGGGUGCCUUGGACAAGCAGCGAGCCGGAGUGUCUGCAGCCAAGGUGGUUGUUACGUUGUAG